AUGAGAGUUUGUCCAAAUUGUCAUUUACAAUCAGUUCAAUUAGUCAGGAAUGAUUCAUGGGGAUCAUUAUUCUUUAUACCAGUUGUAAAGAUAAAGUCUGGACAACCAUACUUGCAUUGUUCAGCAUGUGGUGCGACAAUCCCAUACUUUGAGGGACCUGGUGAGUUUGAGUAUGAGAAGGAGGCAGCUCAGAAACAAAAGAAGAAGAGAAGUAUAUUUCAUCGAAAGGGCAAGGAUGAGGUGGAGCCAGAGUAUCAGCAACAACAAGGUGGUGGUGGUAGUGGAAUGCAUGCACCUCAACAACAACAACAAUACAAUCCUUAUGAUACACAAAUAUAUCAACAACACUUCCAACAACAACAGGAGUAUUACCAACAACAACAUGGUGGAGAAUACAAUCGAUAUGAUACUCAACAGCAUUCAUCAACAGCAACACACCCCGGUUCAGACAGCAACAUAGAGGAUACUUAUCAUCAAGGUUAUCUACAAUAA